CCUGCACAGUGAUACUCGGAUUCUAACAUUCUAGGUACUUGUAUGGUAACUACAAUUACCUAUUUUUACGCCUGCUGCCAUUACAACGGUUGACUGGCCUCCCUAGAGAUACCUAGGUACUGUUUUCACAUCGACACUCCCUCCAGCCUACUACGUGCAGUGCUUCAUACUACUUCAGGUAGUAAGUACUACCUAGGUAGGCUAGGUAGGAGGUAGCCUCCUGGCAUUGGCAUGGCUAGUCUAGGGACUAAAUACCCCAGUAGGUACUAACGCCGCUACAAUACAUACCAGAACGCUACCUGAAACACUGCCAUCAAGUUUCCGAGGUCUACUUAGCUGAACGCCCCACUGUCAGGCGCAGUGGCUUGGACAACUGACGAGUCGCCCUCGCCGCCCAGGGCCCGCCUAUGGAGCCAGCCAGUGAACCCCUCGGCGCUACGCCGCUAGACAUCUAGGCCCACCAACUUAAGACACCUUAACCACCUCCUUGUAACGGACAAACUGCCCACCUACAACCAGACCAUCAAUUAUCUACUUACAAUCAACACUCGUUACCCUGCCCUGACCAGCACGUUCCGCCUUACGACGACGCCAUCUAUCCAACAUCCAGAAAUCGCCAACAAUGAAGAAAUUCCUAGGCAAGAAGUCUAGCGACCGUGAUGACGAUCCCAAUCGCAGUGCUCUUUUCGGCUCUAAGGGGUCUUCGAAAGGGCCACAGUCCGACAACCCCUACGCGCAGACUGCUUCGGACCAGUACACCGAGGACAACACCAAAUUUGCUGGCAUGUCACGCUAUCAGCAAGCUCAGAACGGACAAGGCCUAAAUCGUUAUGAUAGCUCAGCGUCUUCAGCAACGGCUCCUCCUCCCUACUCAAGCCAAGAAGCAUCCACUGGUUAUGGAAAUAAUCGCUACGGCGCAUCAGGGGGCUAUGGCAAUAACAAGUACGCGGGGUCUAGCUAUUCCAACGCUCCCCGGCGGGGUGGAUAUGGUGGCCUUGGUCGGACCGACAGCAAUGAUACUGACGCCAAUCGUGAUGCUCUUUUCUCUGGUGCUCGAGACCGGCACCAACAACAAGCGUCUACAGGAAAUAGUGGCGCUGAGAGUGGAAACGGAGGCUAUGAUUCGAAUAAUGCUGCAAGUGGCAGCAAAUAUGACGGCUAUGGCUCCCAGCGACAAAUGACUGAGGAAGAUCGCGAGGCAGAGGAAUACCGCAAUUUGAAGAACGAAAUCCACAAGACCACCCAAGAUAGUUUGGCUACCAACCAAAACUCUCUGCGUUAUAUGAACCAGGCCCUGGAAACUGGCCUUGCAACAUACGCAAGACUUGGCGCACAAAAUGAACGUCUACAUCACACCGACGAGCUUCUUGACACAGCAACACAAAGUCACCGUCAUGCUGAGGCCCAAACUAAGAAAUUAAAAUCCCUCAACCGGAGUAUGUUUGCGGUACAUGUUAGCAAUCCGUUUACAGAAAAGAGACGAACUGCAGAAGAGGAGACAAGGAUUGUACAGCAAAAUCAAGCCGAUCGGGAACUUCGGGAGGCUACCAGAAGAGACAAAUUUGCCCAGCACUCGCGAAUGGAGAGAACCUUCGCUGGUUUCGAUAACCCUGACGUGCCCGACGCGCUUUCAUCAUCAAACCGUGGAGAUAGAAAUAAAUACAUGCUCGAAGAUGACUCCGAUGAGGAGAGCAAGGCACAACUGGAUGCUGCAAACGACCAGAUUGAGAAGGAUUUGGAACAAAUGUCCAUUGGUGUAGCGCGUCUCAAGGCUGUUGGCAAGGCCAUGGGCGACGAGCUAGACCACGGCAACAAGCUAAUUGAUAGAAUUGGCGCAAAGACGGAUCCUCUCGACGAUCAGAUUAGAGUGACGAACGCCAGAAUGAACCGUAUUCGCUAAGGGAUCACCCCGGCAUCGCGUGGAUCUUACGCUGCCCAGCUGAAUGAACUAACACAGUCAGGAGGCGAGAUUUUACCUGUUAACUGUGACAGGACAAUCUUGGCUGCAGGAUGAACAUGGUUGUCUUGAAUGGAUAGAUUAUAUAAUAAUAUCACUUCUGUUUAGCGCACUUUUAUUCUUUUUACUUAUUCUCUUGUAUGAAGUAAUUAUCGGAAUACUAAUUGUAAUAAGUGCCUAGGUCGGAGAAGAUAUAUAAUUCUGAGAAUGCUUUAAGUUGGUCUGCUUAUAGGCAAUGUCAUGUUGCUAAUAGUGUAAUUUACUGACUGAUACAUGCCUACAGCAAGCCUCUUAAUCUCUACUACGUACAUAAUACAUUAAAUCUUCAUUAUGCC